AUGAUGCAAACCGUGGAUCCAUCGCAGCCAAAGCCCAUACAAUAUGUAUCACCGCCUUCUCCGCCUGCUUCCAAUACAGGCUCACCAAAGUCAAUGUCUGUCCUGAACACUACCGAGACGGACAAAAUGACAAUCUCAACCCACCACCACAUCCUCAUAGUCACUGGUCCAGCAGGAUGCGGCAAGAGCACUGUUGCGAAGCACCUUUCAGAUCGUUAUGGAUUUGACUACAUCGAGGGCGACGAGUUCCACCCAAAAGCAAAUAUUGACAAGAUGGCCGCCGGUAUUCCUCUAAACGACGAAGACCGCUGGGACUGGCUCAUUCUUCUACGAGACCAAGCUAUUAUGAAACUAAAGGACGGAGCCAAGGGUGUCGUCGUCACUUGCAGUGCGCUCAAGAAGAAGUACCGCGACGUCAUCCGCACAGCCAGACUCUACGACGAAGACCCAAAUGCCAAUGUACACUUUGUCUAUCUCCGCUCCGACCUGGAGACCCUCAUCGCCCGCGUCCGCGCCAGGAAAGGCCACUACAUGAAGGACUCCAUGGUCGAGAGCCAGUUCGCUUCGCUUGAGGAACCUGACGAGACCGAGUGCAAGCAGCUGAAGGAUGUCGAGAUCAUCGACGUCAAGGGAAGCAUACAAGACGUUCAGAUCCUGGCUGGUGCUGCUGUCGACAAGAUCCUGGCGCAAUAG